AUGGAUGCUGGCAGGACAGCGGAAGCAGCCAACUUGAGACGCCGUACGGCAACCCCGCCGCCUCGGCCGCAUGAACGCCGAGCUGGCGUGACGCCAUCUUUGGAGGAAGUCUCCAGUGUCAGCGGCGAGGAAGAUGUGACGUGGGCUGGAGACGCUGCGCAAGCAGCUUGCAAGACCUCCAAGACAGCCGCCGCCAAGGAAAGAGAGCCCUCGAAGCAGUGGCCCAGUAUCCAUCAGCGCAGCAUCAUCGCAGUGGCGCUAUCGUCAUGCGCUUUGCUGCUAGCAGUUGGCCCAGCGGCAUACUGCUGGCUGAAUCAGGGCCGGGCAGAGCUCGCCGACUCGUAUCGAGGAACUGCCCACCCACUCGGUGAGACGGAUUCCUGCCACACUGGGCAGGAGGCUGCUCCCAUCAGCCAUCACCAUCGACCAGCAUUGUACCUGGGACGUGACUACGUCAAUGAGGUAGCAUCUGGAGGCAUCAAUGGCCUACUGAUGAUGGUUGCAACCGUGGUUGCCGGCAUCGGAAUAGACAUGCCUGGUCAGCAAAUUCUGGCUCUUGGCGCAGCGAGCCUCGUGUCUUAUGCCUUCUCCAUGGGCUUCGGCGUCGCCGAAGCAUGGCGUUGGCGCCUGGACAACUUUCAGACCUGCGUCCGGAUGUGUGGCAAAGAGGGGUGUGGCUUCAGACGGGAAAUCGCCAACAUUACCUUCAUGGGUCCUGGGCUGCGCAUCCGGUACGAGCCUGCGAGAUUCUACCGGUACUUGACAGAAGUGCGAUCCCGGGCCUUGACGGAAGAGACCGUGAUCGGAACCGCACUCGAAGUCCGGUCGGGGGUGCUCGACCCGCAGCGGGCCGGAGUCGAGGUGGAAGAACUCGAAGCCGACGCUUGGCAGGCCUCCCUGGCAAAGUCGGCCGCAAAGAUUCGCGUCUCGACGGCAGCGAGAGAUCUAGCCGAGCAGGAUGCUGGCUGGUCAGUUUCGAUCGUUCUGGAUGCGGGUGGCCAGGAGCUGAGCAGCUUGACUUUACCUACGUCUGCGGGCCUUUGCGGCGACCCUCCACGAUCUUUGACAGAUGUUCUUUUUCUUCUCGGUGGGCCUAGCGGGUUUGGCAAGCACUUGGAGGAGAUGAAGAAGGUCCUGCACCGUCCGCACCGUGGCCUCCACCACGGCCCCGUCGCUCUCAGGAUCGCAGGCGGCAGGCAUCACUCCUAUGUUGCAUUGUGCGAUCUCCUGUUGUGGCACGAUCGCCAACAGCUACUUCCAAACCUCAACAACUUGAUUCGACUGGGGCCGAAGGCAUAUGCUGAACUCUCCGAGGCUUUGCUGAAGCAGUUCGCGGGGCUUUGCAGGCAAAUUGCUCCCGAAAACACCUCCAGCAGCAUGAAGAAGGAAUCAGACAACUCCUUGGAUACCAUAGCCAGACCGGCGCCCAGUCCCGCUCCGACGAUGGCAACUGACGAGGAAAUAGCCGAUCGCGUCGAAGGGGAGAUAUUGAGACACGGUGGUAUGUUGGAGUGCAACCUUCUUUACGUCUACAACCGACAGCUUCGACGGCUCAUCGGCGACCAGAAGCUCCUGUCCUUCCUGCGACAGUUCCCUCAGAAGUUCAUUUUGUCUUCAGAGCAUGGGCGGGACUUUGUUCAGACUGUGAGGAUGUCAGCCAUGCCGGAUGCUUUGCUAGGCCAAACCCUGCAGAGCGCCAGCCAGGAGGGGCGAAGAGCCGUUCAUGACUUGGAAGCUGCAGUCGUGAAACAGCUGGGGUCAUGGAUUCCCAAGACUGAGGACCACGACGGCCCCUUCCUCCCAAGACUGGCCCGCGACAGUCGCGUGCGAAGGAAGCUCCAGCAAUUCGUGGGACACUGCCCCGUCGCCGCCGUCGCCGCGUUGAAGCAAAGAACCUCUCAGCGGGGAUCUUUGGCCGAGCCUCCAAGUGUUGGCUCUGGCCUUCAGCAGGAUGAGCUACAAGGGAGUCUACGCAGGUAUGGAUCAGCUAAAGCGCGAAGCUCUGGAAUGAGUUCGUCAGAGGCUGCCUGGGUAACCGAGCUCUUACAUCUGCGACUCUUCCUGCUCGAUCGGCCAGAGCUCUUCCAUGUAGUGGAUUCGGGGAAGGAGUGCACGAAGAAUUUGCCCAGCUGCUGCUGCCACUUGAAGGUCAAGCUCGCAGACAUGGCAGUGGAACUGCUUCAAGAACGAGCCGUGAAGGUCAGUUCCGAACCCAGGAAGCCCGGCAAGGCCGCAGAUAAGGCGACAAACGUGGAUGUUUCAAGCAUCCCCACCCUCUUCUCAAACAGUGAAGUUCUCAUCGUCGAUAUGCCAUACAACGUCACGAAGACAGCCAUUCUCAAGUCGUACCAGAAGCUGGCAGAUGAAGAGGGUCGCGCUCGGCAGGUGCAAGCAUGCUCCAGCCUUCCAUCUGCAGCUUCAGGAUGUUUUCUCCUGACGUGGCACAGCUCCACGAUACAGCUGCUCCAGAAACAGGAAGUCUACGAGGCUUUGGUUUAUGGCAGCCUUCCUGCUGAGGGAGAGAUCAAUGCAAGGUUGCACGUUGUGCACAGGAGGGCCAAGACGCAGACGUAUGUCUCUCCCAAGGGCACUCCGGCAACCACUCGCUUCCGGCUCCUUUCAAGCUACCGGAGGCAUCUGAGCGGGGAGAGCGAUGGGUCUGUUGAAGAGGUGCUCUCCCUGGUUGAGUGCCGGCCGCUCACAGCUUUGGAGAAUCAGAUUUGCACGCACUUCGCGCACAUCGGUCACAGCAUUGUUGGGGACAAGCUGCAACUCAAGCGGGACAAUGCCGUGGCCAACGGGCUGCAGAACCGUCUCUAUCUCCACUGCAGACAGGUUUUCGGCAAUGGGCAAUUCGGUGCGUUUACUGCUGAAAGCUGCAGACCUCCUGAGUUCGUCAGACUGCUGCAUGCGCUGGUGGAGGAGGCCAAAGAAGGCUUUGCCACGAGCCAGCUGCAGGAAGAGUACGAGGAGGUACGCAGCAUGCCACAGUCGGAAGUGGACGAGAUGAUCUGCCACUACAGGAAGCGUGGGCUAUCUGACCAGGACGCAAAUGCCGUGGCGAAAAUCCUGUCGCGGUACGAGGACUUUUGGGUUCAUCACAUGAUGGCCGAAGAGCUGGGUAUCCAACUUCCCAGAGGAGACGCCUAUGCGAUGCAGUCCGGCCUCGCCACUGGGAUGUCCUUCUUGUUCUUCGGCAUGGUGCCGCUUCUUGGCCUUGCAGUUUCCACUCUUCUGCGGAGAUGUGUUGGGCCAGAGUGGUACAGACCGCAGUUCUCCACCGCAAUGUCGCUAGCCUUGAGUGCCACGGCUCUGUUGACGCUCGGCGCCUUCGUGAGCCGCGUGGUGGGAAGCCGCACGCCCAUCAUCAGCGGGCUGAUGAUCAUGGCCAACGGUUUUGCAGCAUCAAUCAUGGCUUUCGCUGUGAGUCAGAUGCUCGUUUCUGCCGGCGGAAAGGGGGCCUGGCCCUCCCAAGAGAGACCUCGCCACUCGGACCCUUCUGCAACAUCCUCCCCGGCGGAAGCUGGAAGGUACUGCCUGGACCGAAGUGGCAGUGCAGGGUCCACACCGGGCCAGAGUCCUACAGAGUCGCAGGCCUGGCCAACAUUCAGACAUCAGUUCGUACACUGCAGCUCCAUGCUGUGGGUUGCCGUGUGCUCGGCCAUCGUGGCGUGGCAAGCGACGACGAGAGCAGCCAGUGCCUACGAGCGUAUGCAUUGGGAGGUCAUGCGUGUCUUCGCAUACGGCCUGUUGACUUGCCUGACAACAGGACUCGGUGCUGCACCGUUCCUGUUUGUACAUCCUGGCCACAUUGGAAUCUGGGGCUUGUCCGUGGCCAACGCGGUGGCCGCCGGCAUGAUGCUAGCAGCGUCUUCCGGCAUGCUGCUGGAGGCUCACGAGCAUUGUGGGUUUCUGGACUGGCAGAUAUUUGCUGGACUUCUGGCGGGUGGGCUCUUCAUCCGAGCGAGCGAAGGCCUGCAUGGGGACGACGAGGAAGAGGAGUCGGAGAUCGCCGCGUUGCACGAAGCGCUCGUUGAGAGGAAGCAGUGGCGAAAAGCCAUGCUUAUCUUCACCGUGAUGUUCUGCCACUCUGCAGCGGAAGGUAUCGCGGUGGGCGUGGCCUUCAGCAGGCGACUGAACCAUGAGUUCGGGGUCUACAUCUCCUUGCUCCUUGCAGUGCACAACGUUCCUGAGGGCCUCGCGGUUGCACUUGUUCUUGUUCCACGCGGAGUUUCUGCGACGCUGACCGCUCUGAUUGCCAUCUUGACGAGUGUUCCACAGCCGCCGCUGGCACUAGCUGCGUUCCUCUUUGUGGAAGUUUUUCAAUGGCUGCUGCCACUGGGGCUUGCAUUUGCCGCAGGUGCAAUGGUCUAUGUAAGCCUGCACGAACUUUUGGUCGAGUCAGUGGAGCAGCUGGGGGUGACCAAGGCUACCCUGGCAUCUUCACUGUCCUUUGUCACGAUGGCUGGGUGUAUUUACGCAUUGCAGUUCAUCACCGGUAUCUGA